UUUUGAUGAAAUUUGACCGGUCUACAUCUUGAUACAAGUAACCAAGGUUUGUGAACUCGAAAAUCAAUAAAAACGUUUUCAUAUCAAAGCGUGGAAAUUUUUGAUUGUCGAAGGAUGUCCACCUCGACUGCCGCCGCACCGAGCAACAUGUUGUUCUUCGCUCCUCCAAAGAGGUAUUGCACCGGCCGGGAGCUCCAGAACGCGAUGGCCAUGCUUUUACUCCUGAUCACGACGUUCUACUUCACGGUCUUCUACGCGCAGCUUUUUUACGACGUGUCUGGCGGUCCCCACGAUUGGAUGUGGGAUUGCCGCUCGUUUCGCCGGGUCGACUACACUACACGACCUGCCUCUAGUACGUCGCAGCACUCGUCCUCCUCUGCUACCUCUUACAAAGAGGACGACCCUGGCCCACUCGCGCUCGGUGGCGCCUUGAAAAGGUACGUUCCAGUGUACGCCUAUCUGCUGUUUGGCUUUUUCUGGUGCUGGUGGCACUUGCUGCACGCGAUUUGUGCGGAGAGUGUGGCGGCGGCGGUAGGGGAGGAAGCGGCGAUAACAUUGAGGCGUGGCUUAGAUUUAGAAAGUCAAACGAGAUCGCAAGUAGAAAAGCGGCAAACGGAAAUGAACCAAUCUGAAAGAGGAACAGGAAAGAACCUAGUAGGGCAGAAUCAAUCUAGUACAGCUCGUCCUGUCUCCCCGUCGACAACGCCGAGCAGCUUGCUGGCGCCGGAAUUACUACAAAGCCGCAAUCAAAAUGUUCAGCAACAGCAGCCACUUUUCACGGAGCAACAGAAGAUCGAAUUUCUCGAUGACGAAGAAGAUGAGGAAUUUUUGUUGCUGCAAGGAUCCGAAUUUGAUGUCAGCAGAGUCGCUAACGAUGUCGGGACGGUGGACACAGUAGAAGGCAAAAAAGCACAACGCCGGGGGUUCCUGCACGAACAUCAAGACCAGCAAAAACUCGCGACCGCAGCCGCGUUCGUACCUUUCUUGGUAUACCGAAACUUUUUCUGGGGCGUGAAGUGGGUUUUGGUGCCAACCUUUCUCGUGUUUUUGUACCGGGGCAGUGUAGCUACGUGGAAAAAUCGAGGCGAGCUGCGGGACUGGUUGGAUGUUGACGAUGGAGUAGUAUUACCAGAACAAGGUAACAAUCUUCCUGAAGAAGGUGACCCCACCGAAAGCAGUAGUUUUGGCGACAACUUUCGCAGCAGCGAGACGAGAGAACAACCAGCAAAGGACUUUUCUUUAUUUUCACAGGCACACGGCGCGCAACUCACGUCUUCUACUACUGGAGGUGCAGUAUCUUCCACCCCCGCAACGGCGAGCUACACAGCGAAUUCCGGUUUAGACCGCGCCAGCCGGAGAACGCGAACUACCUCCCGCGCAGGACUAUCAAACGAGGAAGACAGCACUGACAGCAGCUUUUAUGACCAGGCGCAGCGUAUAGCAUCUUCUUCAUCUUCUUCUUCUUCAUCCAGAACCCGCGACAACAAACUCCUGAGUCAGCACGCAGACCCCCUGCGAGCAAGUACAACCGCAGCUUCGGAAAGUGACGAAGCAGAAGAUGGAACAACCAUGACACCAACUCCAACAAGGCAAGCUUCGUCGCAAAUGAACCGUAGACUGCGCUCCUUUCUUGCCCAACAAGCGGAAAAGCUGAGAUCCGCGGCCGCAAUGCGGCUUGUAUACGGGGAAGGGUAUGUCCCCUCAAGGUAUUUCUUUUACCCCUUCGGGCUGCUCGCACACGAAGAGGAAUUCCUGGUCACCGUCUUGUUCUGGCGCGUGCUGCUCGGCCGGGUGGUCCUGCACGUUUUCUUGCCGAUACUGGUUUUCCUGUGCAGUGUUUUGCUGUACGAAAGAAGACUCAACAACUUGGACAACAUUUGGAAAACGUACGGGACGAACAUGAACAAGAGCAACUGGAACUUUUUUGCAGCUCGUGGCGGAGGAGAUGCUGCAACUACGACAUCUAUCGCUGGUUAUGACGAAGGUAAUAUUCGAACCAGUCUGGUGCUGGCGGAGACAAGCAGCUACGGGUCCGCGAAGAGUUGUGCAAAAGUGGGCGUGGGAAUUAAAAUUAUGGGUGGUAAUAAUGAUAAUUCAAAUAGCGCAACAAGAUCCCCACCCGUAUCGACGAGACAAAAGAGUCUAGAGCUUGACUCGCCGGAUGACAUUGGAAACAAAAACGCCCAGCACGAGCACCAGCAGCUCGAGGAAGGUGAUGCUCUCAACGGCGCAACCGCGAUGGCGGAAAAUAAGCGAAAUAGAGGACUGUGCUGGAAGUCGUGUGGCAGCACCAGCAGCUUGAAGUUGUUCCUCUUUUCAUUUCCAAUGAACCUGAUAGCGGCCUUAGCAAAGCUCUUUCAACUUUUCUAUCGGUUUCUGGGCCGAAGGUUCUUCCGGCUGUUCGUUUCAAAUUCGAAACGACAAGUCAACUAUCUGGAAGGAGGACGGCAUGAACAUGAAGCGAUGUUUCGGGUGGAUAACAACAUUGCUGGAUGUGGAUCAUCGUCAAGUGGGAGAACUUCCACGUCACUGGGCGUGCAAGAAGAACAGCGACCGACCGCGUCGAUAAACUACCACCGAAGAGAUAAGGUGACGCGCUUUCUUCUGAACCAAAUCGCAACCAAUUCCACCAUUCUGCGGCGGGGAACGGAGGAAAAUUUGAAGGUACAGCUAUUGUACGAGCAGGGAUAUAAACUGGAUGAAGAGGCUGAAGAGGUGGACUUGGGACCAUCAACAAGUGCUGCAGCAAACAGCAACACGACAAAUGUUAACAACGACGUCAACUCGCGGAUUCUGCAGCAAGGUCCUACUGCUACUGGCACAGCUUCCCUCGCAAGCACGGCUUCUGCAGGAGCUCUAGUACAGCCAUCUGAUACAACUUCAAGUAGUAGGGCGGUUCAACUUCAAGCGAGUCUUCCUGUAGUUUCCUCCACCGCUUCUUACCAGAUCAGGCAAAAGAAAAUCUCCUCAACCGUUGGAACAUUCCGCAAGACGACAACGAAAUUCGCGGUAUUCUGCAUUCUGCCGAUCUACUUCGUCUUUUCCCUGGUGCUGUUCCUCUUCUGCAGGUUCAUGCUGUUUCCGAUGACGAUGCAGUCACCGAGCAUCGAUCCGCUUUACAAUGCGUUGGUGCUGGUCGGGGAAAGGAAAGCUCCAACAGAUGCCGACUUGUUGGAACAAGAAGACAUUGAGCAGGAACUGGCUGGUACUAGUGGCGCAGCAUCGACGUUCGACUUCCUUCCGUCACAACAGGAGCCAACAUCUUCCGGGACAACAUCUCGGGGCGACAACAAAAAUCCCGCAGCACAAAGAAAUCGCUUGCUGCAGAAAGCCGCUUACUCGCUGCUCGCGGCGGAGUUUGGGUUCCCGCCUGGCGAUGUGGCUUACAACUGCGGCACCUUAGUGAAAGAAGUUUUGGAGCAGCAAAUCGAGCAAGAAGCAUUGACAGCCUCUCAUGACGUCGAUCAUGACAACACAGCUGCUAAUGAACUACUAGCGGCCGCUACUAGAAACAAAGUCGUCGACCCGGCCUUUGCUCCGGGAAGCGUGUUGAGGUGCGAAUUUUCGUCCACGUCUGUUUCUGGCGGGAAUUUUUAUCGUGAACCAGUGGAGGCAGAGGAGGACCCCAUCAUUUACAUCUACACGCACGGAAACGGGGGAAGUGCUGCUACCAGUCACAUGAUCCUGCAGGAAAUCUACGCCAGAGUGUUUUUGGCACCAGGGAAGAACACAAACAAACACCCCCGCCGCCGACCCCGGCGCCUGAUCGCCUACCUCCCGACCUACCCGGGGUAUCCGGGCACCAUGGAACAAAUCCAGCACGUUUCGUACGGGGGCAGGGCUGUACUUUUUUUGAAGAAAUUGCUCCACCACGUCAUGCGGAGGUUUCGCCGAAACAGAAACGCGAAAAUCGUCCUGCACGGCAUGUCCAUCGGAACUAUCGCCAUCACCGCUGCAUUCGAUCAGUACUUGGAAGAGGCGGUUGAUAACAUUACCGCAACGAGGACAGGCAGAAGUUUGUUCUCGACGCUUCCCUUUCUACCAACCCUUGCUUCCGCCGUGGGACUUGCCGGAAAUAAGGCAACGAGCGGAGAACAAGCAAGUGACGGAACAAAGUCGAACCAGGAUAAAAAUUUUGCAAGAGUCACGCACUUCCUGCUAGAAGCCCCACUAACCUCUGUCUACGACAUGGCAAUUCGGUUCGUGCGAGACCGGAUCCAGUGGAAAGUAAUCGAAUACUUCAAUUGGCAAUUCUGGAACUCGUGGCAGACGCAGGCGGAAAGCUCGGUGGCGCAUCUGCGCAACAUCAUGGCCGCGGGGGUGGUAUCAUCUUCUACCUCACAGAGUAGGACAACAAGUCACGCCGAAGAUCACCCGGAUCAAGAGCACGCUCUCGCUCUUGAAGGAACAAGGGGAACAGCAACAGCAGUGAAGGACUUGCAUGUGAGGAUCAUCAUGAAGGAGGUCGACGGUGUUGUCUAUCCGGACAUGGCGACACAACUUGCCGGUAUCGUGGAUGAAUACGAAACGAACCAGAAGAACGCCGAUAAAGGCACAGUGCGUUCGCCAGGUGAUGAUGAAAGUACUUCGUUAAUCAUCCAGACCGACGCACGGCACAACGAUCUCAUCUUUGAAGCGAGCCCGCACUCCGAGGCUUUUUCGCGAUGGAAGAAUUUUUUGCUGGAGGACUGAAAAUUACCAGAUUAUGGCGGUGAUACAAGUUUUAGUUUUGAAUUUAAACCUGGUUUAUUUCCACCAAUAAAGACGAGCAAAAUUUGAAAAUGUAAGAUGGAGGCUGUGUAAAAAUCUCUUGUAGCUGUAGUUCUUUGUUGAGCGAAUCUAUCAUAAUCAUGUUUACCCCUUGUAUGUUGUCGUAUUUUUACGAAUGUUAUUCGCUAGCUGCAGCCGCAGAUUGUAAUUUUCUUAUGAAAUUGGUAUGGCUAUGGAUCGAUAUGCUUUCAACACCCACACUCACUUUCUCCUGCAGUGGCUUGACACCCUCAGCAAUUUCAUGCAAAUGCAAAUCUCAAUUUCGAAUUGGAUCAUGUUAUGCCAUAGUAAUAUUCUCAGUUUCCGCUGGGCGUGGAUCUAUUG